CCUUGGUGCAACAUAUUGUUCCCACUGCCCCACUAGCAUCCUCAGCUGCUGUUUCCCUCCUGAGAAAAGAGAAAGUAUCCUUCUUGCUUUGAUUCUUGGGGAGCAUCCGUUCCAUAGCAUCCUCAUAGCUGCCUGCAAGCAGGUUUGAGCGGCUAGCUAUAAGAACUCCCUGAUCGCAUCCGCUCUUGUUUCUUGCGAUGACCGGAGGGGAUUCCAUGGAUGCGAUCAGCCUGGACGAGUGGGAGCUCCUGCCUGACCUCGGGAGCUCCUUCUUCAUGGAGGAGUGCGCUGCUGGUGGUGAUGAAGAAGAGGCCAUGGAAGCACCGGUGCAAGCUGCCUCUACACAGCAGCAGCAUGACGUCGAAUUUGAGGACAUCGGCGUCGUGCAGGCCGAGCCGAGGCGAGGGGAGCUCACGAUGAUGGUGACCGAGGUACUGGUCUCCGGUGCAGAAGAGGAGGAAGAGAUGGCGAACACCCCUGUUGCCGAAGAGGAAGCUGGUGAUGAGGACGAGGUGAUGGUAGAAGCGGCACCUGAUCAUCUACCUCAUGAGGUGGAAGAAGGUGCGGAGAGAGACAGGGCAGGGAUGGACGCUGCUGGCUUCAGCGUCGGGAAACUGAGGGUGAACGGCGUCGGGGCGCUCUGCUCCUUCGGGGUCGCCGCUGCCACCUUGUGCAUCUUGGUGCUUGGCGGCAGGCCGCAGCAUCAGCAGCAGCAGAGGAAGAUUAUGGUGCAAGAUCAGAAGUCCCAGUUCCAGAUGUACGCCGAUGAUGAGAGAAUUCAUCGUGCCGUGGAGCAGGCGUCCAGGCUGAACCAGGCCGUGUCGUCGGUGAUGGGUGGCGCAUCCACCAGGGCGACCGUGUCGUUCGGCGGCCACUACAGCGGGUUCUGACGUGCCAGAAGCUUCUAGAAUCUGUCGACGCAUCCAUGACAUCCUAGUGUUAGGCAUAUUGAUAUUGAGAUUCUUUAUUUACAUUGGUCAGGGCCCCGUAGGCCGUAGCCUGUAUGUGUGCAUGUAUAUAUGCUUGUCUGUCAUGUACUCCGUAUUUCCUACCAGCGGAUGUGAAUAGCAUUAUUUCGGGUUGAAUUUUUUCCCGCGAAAUUA